AUGGCUAACGGUAUUAAAGUAGAUGGUGACCUCCCAAAACAGAGCGACGAAAAGCCGAAAUGUAACGAGUGCGGGAAAAUGUUUAGCUCCAAGAAGACCUUCAGAUACCAUCUCAAUUUCUCUUGCGCGGAAUGCGGUAAACGUUUCCUGGACAAGAGACGGCUCCGGGAGCACGUGGACUGGGAGCAUCUGCAGAAAGUGCGGUUCCGCUGCCAGCUGUGCCACAAGGCGUACAAAUCUCAUACGUCGCUUUAUGUCCACAUGCAGAAUUUACAUCGCGAUAAGAAGAAGGACAACUUGUGCCACAUAUGUGGGAAGUCAUACCAGAACGCGGCAAAGUUGAAGUAUCAUAUAGUAGCGAUGCAUACGAGCGAAACCCCAUACACAUGCGGACAAUGCGGCGCCGCCUUCGGAUGGUACUCCAGCCUCUACCGGCACACCAGGGAGGUGCAUCAUAAGAUUAAACUGCAGCCGAAGAAAUCGCGUAAACAGAAACGGGAUAUGUUGCCAUCGAUGUUGCCAACACACGACAUGAUGUUGCCACACCAACCGGGACCCGCGUAA